CAAUCCCCUUGUUCACCCGAAAAUCGGCGGAGGCAGAAGCUGCUCCCCGGCCGCCCGGUCCAGCCGCCGACGACGGCAGCGGUUCCACCGCGCCACGCCCGCGCCUCCUUUCCCUUCCCCGCUGUUCUCCCCUUUCCCCCGCCUUUCCUUUGACGGAGAGAGAGCGAGACGCCUGCAGCGCCGUCCUCUGUUCCCCUUGCGUCGUCUCUCUCUGUGCUGCAGCCGGGUCGGGGCUCCGCCGGCCGCCGGCGACGGCGUAAGGCCACCGUGCCGCGCGAGCCGCGCGCGAGCAUCUCCCUUUCCCCGCUCCAUCUCCACCUACUCUGACAGUGAGGACGAGGCUACUUUGCCCCUUGUGCUCCCAUUCGUUUUCGACGAGGGCAGAACUCUACGGCGGUGUCGUGAUCAUCCCCCUCGCCGGCUGCGCGUCCACCUUGCGGUGAGCGCGCCGCCGUCGAGCGGUUUGUUCGCGAUGCCCUUUGCCCCGUGUGGGGUAGUUCUUCGUCCGACGCCUCGGCUUGCCGAUGCGCGUCCGGAUCGAGAGGAACGGCGCGGCGUUGCGGCGGCGCUCUUUGCCGGCGAGGCCCGAGGCCCUAGUCCGGUGAACUUUUGGGGAUCCUUUUUUUUUGUUUGCUUUUCUCUGUGCCCUUCUAGGGUUCUUUGGGGUUUAGGGGUCAACCUUUUGCGUUGAAUUCUUUCUACUGAAAAGGUCUAACCCGAUCUGGCUACCUGAUACCAUUGAUAGAUUGCUUUGGAUCGGAUAGGUUAGAUCUUUCGGUACACCUACCUUCUCCUGGUGCGGAUGAACUCGAUCCAGCGCCGGCCAUGGUGGUGUGGAGACGGCGGCGAUGUGGACUGAGAUGGUGGCGGCGGAGCUUCCCGUCGGCCUAGCGCAAAACCCUAGAUCGGAUUGGUGUGUCGGUGGUGUUGUGGUGCACGGUCAACCUCUUAAUCCAUGCCCCGGCACCCCACCUCUUUAUAUUGCGCUGGCGACAGGGGCCCACCAACCAUGGUUUGGUUGGGUCCCCCCGAUCAGGGCGCGAGUCAUGGGCCCGUUCGACCCGUUGGGUUCGAACGGGAUAGAUAACAUAUACAAGUUGUGAGCAUUAAGAAAUAUCCCCCAAUUUUGCGUUCAAAUUAAUAAAUAUCCGGUAGACCAAUAGGUCGUCAGCUUUGUAGUCCUAUUGCCCCGAUUCUUCAAGAGUUCAUGUGUGCUAUUAUGAUAACAUAUUAUAGAUUUGUAAAUGAUUAUUACAAUCAUAUUUAAAUAGGAAACCCUUUUACAUAUAUGGGUACAUGUAGCUAGAGGGAAAUCAAAGCAGGUUCUGACAUGUUUGUCUAAUGAAGUCUAACACACGCAGAGUUCAGGCUAAGAGAACGACGAGUAGGUCAGACAUGAAAAUGAUGGUGAAGGACUUUUACAGAUCAUCUGUCCGUUGAUUUUCCAUAAGACUCAAACCAACUUCACAAUACAUAAUUCAGUUCAUGCCAAAUUGCAAAUCUAACUUUUGCAUGUUUCGUGUCUCCACGUAUUUACAUAAUAUCCUAUAUAACUUCCAUUUUCAUGUCUUCGUAUACUUGCAAAAAUUCCUACCAUUUGAUAGCAAUAAUGGACGGGCGCAGCAACGCGCACCGGUAUGAUCUAGUAUAAUAUAUAGUACCACGAUAGUGAUGAUGCCGGAAUGCAAUUUCUUUUGUCUUGGAAGUGGGGAUUUCAGAUUUGGCAGCACUCACUCACAUUAUUCUUUGUCAUGUUGCAUACUUGUAAAAUGUGCUCCUAAAAGUAGGUAGAAUCAUGUUUCAUACUUGUAAAAUUGCACCGCGCAAAAUCAGCAACCAUUUACUUGUACUAUAAUCUACCAAUAUUGAACUGCCAUGCUAUUCCAAAACCAGCUACCAUUAUUCAAGUACGCUCUUGCACUACAAGUGUAGCUGCCGUUACAAAAAAAGUUAAGAAUAGUUGAUUUAGCUACUAUUCUAUGAGAAAAAGAAAGUUCAUCUGCAGUCCUCCACCAGUGUAGAUUACAUAAUAUAGUACCAUGAUAGCGAUGAUGCCGGAAUGCAGAUUUUUGUUUGUUUUUUGCUGUGGAGAUUUCAGAAUUGGCAGCACUCACUCACUCAGAUUAUUCUUUUUCAUGGUUAGGUUUGGGGCCGGCCACGGCCUUGUCGAAAGGGGGAGGAGGUAGGAAGAGUAAGAAGAGGAAAGGGACAAGAUACCAGAACAAAAUGGCUGAAAAGCACCAUGAUUGGGUCGCAAGGAAGGAAGCCCAAGACAUGUGGCAGGAGUGGAGGGGAAGAAGGGUACAGUGCACUGAACUUCACCUCGUGCCAAAAAGCAGGGCCUGAUUGAUGCCUCUGCUCUGCUCCCUCAUUUCACCCCCACCCCAUGAGGCCAUAACCCUCGGGCUCUAUCGUCAAGGCUUCCUCAUGGGGUGGCUCCGCUCCCUCUUCUCCCCUCUGAGGAAGAUCAUGGUCCGCGCGCAUUCGGCGCGCAAAUACCGGAGGGGGAUGAGGAUCCUGUACAAGGACGUCAAGUCCUGCGAGGACGAAGAUGUGCACGUCCUGUGGUCCAUCCUGGUCGACUCGCACCGCCACCCGGCCAUGGUGAAGCUGAAGCUCUAGGACGGCCAUGGCGGCGGCGCGCGGUUUUCGCCGUGGAGCCGGCGGCCAUCAUCUUUUGUCUGGAACUGCACAGUUUCAAUGGCAAUGCCGUCUGGGAAAAGACGAGCAGAUACUUUCCUUGUGCGUGUGCGUGUGUGACACCAGUCUGAUGUGUGCAUCUUGUGACUUUGUGGGUGAGGUUGAGACGUCGCCUUUGCUUUGAUGUGAGUGUGAGGUUGAGCUGAUGUAUCUGUAUAUAGAAAAUCUGGGUGCCUUACCUAAUGGUAUUGAGUUUGGUUUCUUUUC